AUGGAUGCAAAGGAUUGGAUCGAAGCCUUAAUCCGAGGGCUGAUGUGCCUAGUAGGGAUCCUGGGGAACAACUGGCUGGGUCUCCGCUCUCUCCCUGGACCUAAGUCCCUUCUCCGCACCAACGAGCUCCUCUUCAUCAACCUGGCCAUCUCCAACCUCAUCACCAACUACCUGGUGGAUCUCCCCGAUACCAUGGCUGACUUUGCUGGCCGCUGGUUCCUGGGGGAAGCCUACUGCGGUGUGUUCCGGUUCUGCUCGGACCUGUCGGAGACCAGCAGUAUCUUCUCCACCUUGUUUAUUAGUGUGUUCUGGUACCAGAAGCUGGUGGGCUCUCUGAAACGCGGAGGAGCUCCGGUCCAGCUGGAUAGCCUCCGUCUCGUAGCCUAUCUCCUGGCUGGCAGCUGGACAGUGGCUGGGGUCUUCAGUGUUCCACACUUCUUCUUUGUCCAGGUGGACAGUGGGAAUGAGAGCCACAAGGACUGUAUAGAAGUAUUUCCCUCCCAAACUGCAAGGCAGACCUAUGAGACAUUGUAUCUGACCCUCGCUAACGCCCUCCCCAUCGCUGGUAUAGUGUUCUCCAGCAUCCAGAUUGUGAUCACUCUGCUAAGGAACCAGAUGCGUAUCAAGAGCCUGACUUCAGACCAUCACAAGGGGACAGAUAAUGCUCUACCUAACAAGCGGGAGAAGAUGGACGUCUCAGAGAAAUAUGAUGAAACAGGCAUCAAGACAUGUGAUAAAGAGGCAGAUUUACCAAUAGUUACUUCUCCAGUUUUCCCUCAGAGUUCUAAAAACCAGAGGAUUUCAGAUAUCCGCCCCAACCUGCCUGGUGUCUCCUGCUCUGUCCUACCUUGUGCAGGACCCUCUGUUGUACACAGCUCAAUCAGUUCCCCCCUCUACCAGGUUGAGGUUGGUGACAGCAGAGUCAGAGCUUCACCUGAUCGCCAGAGGACCUCCCAGCCUCCAGCUAAGCUCAGCCCAGGCUCAGGCACGCAGGUGAGGGCAGCCAAGAGCGUGGUGGCUGUGGCCACUGUGUUUGUGGUGUGCUGGGUGACCCACCUCUUAUUGAGGAUAUCCAGCAACAUCCACACGUCCUCCGUAGUGGUGGAGGUGGCCAGCUACAUCGCAUCCUCUUACACCUGCAUCAUACCUUACAUCUUCCUCUAUGGAGUAAAGAAACUGUCUUGCUCCUGCAGAAGGUAG